CUGUUCUGCCCAUGGGCAGCACUGUUCUGGUAAACACGCGCGGACCGCCGCCGUUUUAGCCAAAUAAAUCCGGUAAAAACAACCUAUUUUUCGGUGCUCCAGCCCGAUUUAAGUUGUCCCACUAAGGCCCCACCGAACCCCCCUCAGCGACGGCCAUGCUGGCCAACCUCCUGCAAACCCACCACGGCCACCUGUUGCGUCACAGCCUCCGGAACGGCGGGAUGUGGCGGCGAAGCUGGGCGAGCACGGCGUCUGGAAAGAAUCCGGAGGACGACAGCCUGACCAUCGGCGAUGUGAGCGUGCGGCUGCGCAGGCCCAAGGAUCCGCAGCUGGUGCCGCAGCAAUACGUGAAAUACGCUCCGGAUGGCACCCUCCAGCUGUCGCAGUCGGCCAUGCACCACCUGCGCUGGAUGCUGCAAAAGGAUGCACUGCGGCAGGACAUGUUCCUGCUGGGACAGCCGGGGCCCCUGCGCCGCCAGCUGGCCAUGCAGUUCCUAGAGCUCACACAGCGCGAGGUGGAGUACGUGGCCCUGAGCAGGGACACCACCGAGAGCGACCUGAAGCAGCGACGCGAGAUCCACGACAAGGCGGCCAUCUACCACGACCAGGGAGCCGUGCGUGCGGCCCUCAAUGGUCGUGUCCUGGUGCUGGACGGAGUGGAGCACGCGGAGCGGAAUGUGCUGCCCAUACUGAACAAUCUGCUGGAGAACCGGGAGAUGCACCUGGAGAGCGGCAAGUUCCUGAUGGCCCCAGAGCGCUACGACAAGCUCUUGGAGAAACACUCGCGGGAACAGCUGGACGAAUGGGGACUGCUGCGCGUCUCCGAGCAAUUCCGUGUGGUGGCCCUGGGUCUGCCCACACACAAGUACAAGGGCACGCCGCUGGACCCGCCACUGCGCUCCCGCUUCCAGUCCCGCAACGUGACCACCUACGCCUACGGCGAGCUGUACGAGGAACUGCAGCAGGAGGCGCCCUCUGUGCCCGGCGAGCAGUUGAAACAGCUGCUAACCUUCGCCCUGACCCUGCAGCAGGCGGAUCCGGCGCUCCAACUGCCGGACUUUCCCCUUCACAACUUGCAAUUGGGUGUGAAAAUGCUGGAGGCUAAUCCCUCGCUGAGUCUGCACGAUGUCAUCAGUGGCACAUAUCCAUAUCAAACCAUGCUGAAGCCCGAUCAAAAGAAGCGCGUGGAGGAGUUGCUCCAGAAACUGGACAUUCAGUUGAUACCCAGCCGGAGCAUCAAGAAAAUCGAGAGUAAGGCUGGAGAUCAAGGGCAAGUUCUUCUGAACUUGGAUGACCUGCAGCUGAGUCUGCCUGGCGGACAGACUCCUCCGGUUGCCAGCAGCUUCGUGGACCUGCCCCAUCAGCGACAGGCCCUCGCCAGCCUGCUCCAGGCCUACGCCGUGGGGGAUGUGUGCCUCAUGGGCGAGAAGGGCGUGGGCAAGCUAACCCUGACCCAGGAACUGCUCCGCCUGCUCCGGCAGACCUCGGAGCCCAUGAUGCUGUACGAGGACAUGACCAGCAGGGACAUCGUCCAGCAGCGCAUCACGAGUCCGCAGGGAGACACCGUUUGGAGGGACUCGCCGCUGGUCCGGGCAGCCAAGUCGGGAUCCGUGGCGGUCUUGAAUGGAUUGCAUCGCCUCCACAAAAGCACGGCCAGCGUUUUGCAACGUCUCAUUCACGAUCGGGAACUUCAGCUGUGCGAUGGCACCACUCUUCUGGGAGCGAAUCGCUACCAGGCCCUGCUCCAGCAGGGCUUCACCGAGGAUCAACUCGCCGGACUCGGCUUCCUGCCCAUGCAUCAGUCGUUCCGCGUGGUGGCUUUGGCAGAGCCACCGCGUCCCGGUGGUGGACAGCCUAGCUGGCUGACUCCGGAACUUCUCAGCCUAUUUCUAUACCAGGAGCUGCGUCCGCUGCGCCAGAGCGAGGAACAGGAACUGCUGGCUCAGCUCUGCGGUGGCGAAUUGCCCUCGGGCAUGGAGUCACUGCUGAAACUCGCCCAACUGCUGAGGUCCUCCCAGGAUCCCCUGUUACAAGGACUGGCGGGCACCUUGUCCACCCGGCAGUUACUGAAACUGGCCCGCCGUUUGGCUGCCUAUCCGCAGAGUGAGCUGAGUGAUGUCCACGAAAUGCUGCAGAACACAUUCCUGGCCAGAUUCAUGCCGACCCUUUCGAGGAGUGCCCUGGAACAGGCCAUCCAACAGGUGGGCAUCAGACCACGCGAGACUAAACCCAGAAGCACAAAGGAUCAGAUAGCUGUGGAGGAAAACACCCUCAGAAUCGGCUCCACCCGCUGGCCACUGGGCAAUCCCAGCCAGGCGCAGCUUUCCAAGGUGCCCAGCACGCUGUUCUACGAGAUGCCGCAGCAUGUCCAGCUGCUGGAGCGCCUGCUGCAGGAUUACCUCAUCGGCGAGCACCUCUUGCUGGUGGGCAACCAGGGAGUGGGCAAGAACAAGCUGGUCGACCGCCUGCUGGAGCUGAUGCAGCGUCCCAGGGAGUACAUCCAGCUGCAUCGGGACACCACGGUGCACAGCCUGACGCUCCAGGCGACGCUUAAGGAUGGCCAGGUGUCGUAUGAGGACAGUGCCCUCGUCCAGGCGGUUCGAUCCGGCCACGUUCUGGUGGUGGACGAGGCGGACAAGGCGCCGGUGAAUGUAACCUGCAUCCUGCGCACCCUGGUGGAGUGCGGCGAGAUGGUGCUGGCCGAUGGCCGGAGGAUAGUGCCGCCGGGCGCCGGUGGAAGGGUGCCCAAUUCCAUUGAAACCCAUCCCGAUUUCCGGCUAAUCGUGCUGGCCAAUCGGCCGGGCUUUCCCUUCCUGGGCAACGAUUUCUUUGCCGCCCUGGGCGAUGUCUUCAGCUGCCACGCCAUCAGCAAUCCCGACCCGGACUCCGAGAUCUUCCUGCUGCAGCAAUACGGACCCAAGGUGCCGAUCAAAACCCUACGCACCCUGGUAAACGCCUUCGGCGAACUUCGAACGCUCGCCGACGAGGGAAUGCUCAACUAUCCAUACUCCACCCGCGAGGUGGUAAGCAUUGUCAAGCACUUGGAGCGCUACCCGGAGGAGAACAUGUCCGAGGUGGUGGGCAAUGUGCUGGACUUCGAUCGCUAUCAGCCCGAGGCUCUGCAGCAGGUCACCCAGGUGCUGGCCAAGCAUGGCAUCGAGUCGUACGCCGAGGAGGAGAUCCAGGCCAUCAGGCGCCAGAAGAAGCUUCAGGCAUCCGUGAACCGGCACAGCGGACUGGGCGUCUCUGGGCCCAAAUUCGGCAAGCUGGAUCCCAAGAACGAGCCGCAUGUGGGCGGCAACACGUGGGCGGGGGGCAGCGGUGGCCGCGACACCGCCGGACUGGGCGGCAAGGGCGGACCCUUCCGCCUGGACAAGGGCCACAAGGUCCAUCAACUGAGCGACGAGGAGAAAGCCGAUGUGCCCGAGGAGAUCAAGCGGGCGGCCCGCGAAAUGAACCGCAAGGCGUUCGAGGAGAAGCUCAAGGAGAUCAAGAUGUCCGCCCACGACCACAAGCUGUAUGCCCAGUUCAGCGAGCCCAAUCGCAAGCAGGUGCAGCAGCUGAAGGCCAUCAUGGACGCCAUGCAGACGAAGAGCAAAGAGCGCCAGUGGCAGAAGUACCAGACCCAUGGCGAUCUGGACGACACCCGACUCGUCGAGGGCAUCACCGGCGAGAAGAACAUUUACAGGCGACGGGCGGAGGCCAAUCCCUGGGCGGAUCACGUCCAGGAGAAGCCCAACCGUCUCAAGCUCGUAGUGGAUGUAUCAGGUUCGAUGUACAGGUUCAAUGGCUACGAUGGACGGCUGGACCGUCAGUUGGAGGCCGUAGUCAUGGUGAUGGAGGCCUUCGAGGGUUUCGAGAAGAAGAUCGUCUACGACAUCGUAGGCCACAGCGGCGAGGGCUGGGAGAUUCCGUUUGUGGCCGCCGGCAGUCCGCCGAAGAACGACAAGGAGCGCUUCGAGGCCAUCCGGAUGAUGCACGCGCACUCGCAGUUCUGCUGGUCCGGCGACUCCACGGUGAAGGCGGCGCGGGAGGCCUGCUCCGCGCUGGGAGCGGAGCAGGACUACGAUAAUGCCAUUGUGGUGGUCCUCAGCGACGCCAAUCUGCAGCGCUACGGCAUCGCCCCCAAGGAUCUGGCUGUGGCCCUCAAGCGGGGCGAACCGAAGGUCAAGGGCUAUGCCAUCUUCAUUGGCAGUCUGGCCGAGGAGGCCGAUGAAAUCAAUGCGGAAAUGCCGGCGGGACAGAGCUACGUCUGCCUGGACCUCACCAAGCUACCUCACAUCCUGAAGCAGAUCUUCACGUCCUCCCUUCUUUAGUGCAAUUUUGAGAUCCCCUAGUUUAAGUUUAUGUUGAACACAGUGUUGAUAAUUCCAAUUUUAGUUAAGCCUGAAUUGAGUCUAUAAAUCGAUUUGAUGUAAAAAACAAUAAAUUGUACAGCGGAUGCUGAAAAACUGCUUUUGUAA